UCACUGUGUAAAACCUAAAAGCUAGUUGUCAAUCUGCCAUUUUGCCACCGGAGGUCUAAGUGAACAGAGCCUAUAACUUUUCUUCCCCCUUGCAGGAAAGUGCUUUCCACAAAAGUUUUGAUUUGACGAUUGAUUUGAUCCACCAUGAGCGAAACCGACCAGAUCGUGAAGCCGAGGAGCAUGCCGGAAAUUAACGACGAGAACGAUCCGUUGGCAGCCAACGUUGGCAUUGAAAAGGAGAAGAAGAAGGUUCUGGAAGAAGAGUCCUCCUCGUCCCCGGUCGCCAGUUCCAAGAUGGCGAAGAGGGCCAAGCUGGAAAAGAAGGGGGCUGAACCUUCUCCGGUUGCAGCAGAAAAGGCUGAAGCUGCAGAGGAUGAGAAUGAGUCAGAAGCAGCAGAGGAGCCCUCUGACGAGCAGGAAGCUUCCGCACUGGGCGAUGCGGUAGACCCACCGACUCCUGAUGAAAUCCACCAUCCCUUGGAGGACACUCCGGAGGGAGAGGAGGUGGUCGAAACCGAAUGCGACCAAGAAAACGAGGCCAAUGUGGCCCCUGAGGACACCAACUAGGAGGUGAUGGGUCACUAACAAAUGCCCAUUCGAGCGGGCAGAUGUGUUAAUACUUCAUGGACAGAUCCCUGAUGGAGGAUUAGUCCAGGUAUCCCUGCCCCACCAUAUUUUUAAUAAACACUCCAUACAACCAUUUUGGCGAAGUUAUCCUUUACCAUUUUUUUAAUAAACACUCCAUACAACCAU